AACUGGGGGAAAAUUUGUCUCAGCUAUACGUCAGCUCACGUCCGCUUACGUCACGUGAAACACGGAAGCGUUAGACAGUACGUGGCCUUUUCAUCUUGGACCAUUGAAACAGGAGCUCCACUUCGUCUCAAAUGGAACUCGAGGCUAUGACCAGAUACACCAGCCCGGUGAACCCGGCUGUGUUCCCUCACCUAACUGUCGUCCUUCUGGCCAUCGGCAUGUUCUUCACUGCCUGGUUCUUCGUAUAUGAGGUGACGUCAACAAAAUACACCCGGGACGUCUACAAAGAGCUGCUGAUCUCCCUUGUGGCGUCACUUUUCAUGGGCUUUGGUGUGCUCUUCUUAUUACUCUGGGUUGGAAUUUACGUAUGAAGUUUGGGGUGGCUGAUUAACAAAAACAAGACAUUCCAGUGGAACAACAGCAAACACAAACAAACUGGAUUUAAUUGGACUGCACUGACAAUAUUUUGGGAUCAUGUGGAUGCUUUCUUUUCACCAGUAAAGGGGAUUUGUAAAACUC